AUGUUAGCGGUGGGGGCGAUGGAGGGCACCCGGCAGAGCGCUUUCCUGCUCAGCAGCCCGCCCCUGGCCGCCCUCCACAGCAUGGCCGAAAUGAAGACCCCGCUCUACCCCGCUGCGUACCCCCCGCUGCCCGCCGGUCCCCCCUCCUCUUCCUCCUCGUCCUCCUCGUCGUCGCCCUCACCGCCUUUGGGCACCCACAACCCAGGCGGCCUGAAGCCCCCGGCCGCGGGGGGGCUCUCUUCCCUCGGCAGCCCCCCGCAGCAGCUCUCGGCCGCCACCCCACACGGCAUCAACGACAUCCUGAGCCGGCCCUCUAUGCCCGUGGGCUCAGGGGCAGCCUUGCCCUCCGCCUCGCCCUCGGGUUCCUCCUCCUCUUCUUCCUCGUCCACCUCCGCUUCUUCGGCUUCCGCCGCUGCGGCCGCGGCUGCAGCCGCUGCGGCCGCCGCCUCGUCCCCAGCGGGGCUGCUGGCGGGCCUGCCCCGCUUCAGCAGCCUGAGCCCGCCGCCGCCUCCGCCCGGGCUCUACUUCAGCCCCAGUGCCGCAGCCGUGGCCGCCGUGGGUCGGUACCCCAAGCCACUAGCCGAGCUGCCCGGCCGGACGCCUAUCUUCUGGCCGGGAGUGAUGCAGAGUCCGCCCUGGAGGGACGCGCGCCUGGCCUGCACCCCUCAUCAAGGAUCCAUUUUGUUGGACAAAGACGGGAAGAGAAAACACACGAGACCUACGUUCUCCGGCCAGCAGAUCUUCGCCCUGGAGAAGACUUUCGAGCAAACGAAAUACCUGGCGGGGCCCGAGAGGGCUCGCUUGGCCUAUUCUUUGGGGAUGACGGAGAGUCAGGUCAAGGUCUGGUUCCAGAACCGCCGGACCAAGUGGAGGAAGAAGCAUGCGGCGGAGAUGGCCACCGCCAAGAAGAAGCAGGACUCGGAGACUGAGCGGCUCAAGGGGACUUCGGAGAACGAGGAGGAGGACGACGACUACAACAAGCCCUUGGACCCCAACUCAGACGACGAGAAAAUCACGCAACUGCUGAAGAAGCACAAGUCCGGUGGCGGUGGCCUCCUGCUGCACGGGUCCGAGACGGACGGCGCGUCCUGA